AUGUUUAUGUCUUUCACUCGCACUGUUUCAAGCAGCCUUUCGAUUUCCGCAGCGACGCUGUCCGGCAACCAGCUUCCUCCACCUCCGUGUGUCACCUCCUUCUCCGUCCGGAGCGGACGAUAUUGUGGUGACGCCACUGGCUUCCAGCUGCUUCCUGGCUGUCGCUUUGGCGAAUUUAGCGGAAGUUUCAUUUUCGUUUUUUACUACUUUUGGAUCAAUUCAAUGGAGAAAUUGAGAAGAGUUUUGAGUGGCCAGGACGAUGAGGAGCAAGGCCUUACGACGCAGGUGCUCGAUUCAUCUUCACUUAACUUUGGGACAAGGGUGAAAUGGUUUGCGAUAUGCUUUGUCUUUGGAGUUUGUUGCUCAAUUCUUGGAACAGUUUUGCUCUGGCUUCCUAAUGGAAUAAAAUUAUUUGCACUGUUUUACACAUUAGGAAAUAUUGCUGCACUUGCCAGCACCUGUUUUCUUAUGGGACCACUGAAGCAGCUGAAAAAGAUGGUUGACCCAAAUCGUUUGGUUGCCACCAUUGUUAUGUUGCUGUGCUUCAUUUUAACAUUAUGCGCAGUAUUUUGGUGGCACAAGAAAGGACUUGCCUUAGUCUUCUGUAUAUUACAGUUCCUAGCAACAACUUGGUACAGUCUGUCAUACAUUCCCUUUGCAAGAGAUGCUAUAAUAAAGUGUUGCACUUCCUGCAUCGGAUAACUCCAGGGUGAAGAAAAAACUGGUCAAAUCCCAAGACACUUUCCGGUAGUUCUUUGUAGCUGUUGAGGGAGAUCUGCAGUCUGCAUAUUUUGUUUCUUGGAUAAGUCCCAAGUUCUACAUUUUUGUUUACUUUCAUCUAUUUCAAAAAACAAUGAUGUAAUAUUUUGUUCCAAAAAUGUCUUCUGCACAGUACUGAUUUAUACUCAACCAAAGAAUCAAGCCUUUGUUCUUUUUCAAGGAAUUUAAAUAUUUUAAAGUAAUUAUUUCAUGUUUGAUGCCAUUCUAAUAUAUUUACAUUGCCAAUGCCUUAAAUUGCUGUGCUAUUGUGAUGAUUAAGUUUUACUAAUAAGUUUGUAUAAGGCUACAUUUAUUUUAUGAAGACUGAACCAGUGCUACUUUUUAAUGCUUAUUCCUUGUACUAGAAACAAGAGCUUGUUUACGAGAUUUGAAGUAACAUUUCGCUCAAUUAAAGAACCACUAUUUAGUUAAAAUUGUGUAGUAGUGAUUUAUUAAACUACUUUCUUGAAGCCAGGAAGGUUGCUAAGUGAUUUUAUACUGCAAAUGCAAGGAGCUGCUUUUAGAGUGUGAAGAAUAUGUUUUUUUCUUGGGUUCCAUUCAUUAAAAAUCCUUCAAUUACAGUUUGAAAUAAUUAAUUUACAUUUUAUGUCAGAAUCAAAAAGCUCCACACAGUAUCCAAAAAGCAAAUAUUUAAAAGGCAAUAGUAUUUGUUUAUUCUGAAGUAGUAUUUUAAUGGACUCAAUUUAUACUAAACUUCAGGCUACUUGCUUUCUUCUGUAUUUUGUGUGAUCUGAUCAGAGGUAGAAAUAUUAUACCUGUGCUUUAUACUUGGUCCCAGGUCUCUUCCAUUCCUUUAUCUGAGGAGAGCUUUCAACAACUUCCUCAGUCUUUAGGAUAGAGGAUGGGUGAGAUUAAUUCUGGGAAUCCAAGUUCAGACAUGGAUAUUGAAGGAGCAGUAAAUGCUGAUGGUGGUAUUUAUUUCCUCAUUCAAAAGUUGAAUGAUUUCUGUUGCAUUGAUGCUUUCAUUAAAAUAAAAAAUAACAAAAAUGAAA